UAACCCUAUGGUAGGCGCGGGUGGCGGCCAGUUUUCGAGCCGAUCGCGGAGAGUUGUAACAACUCCUUGUGCAGACGGACUUGAUGGGUGCCAACAUCACAGACCCCUUCCUCCUCGCCUCCUACCCCGUCCCCAUCCGCCAAGGCCGCCCCUCGUCGUCAAAGCAGCCGCCCGGCAGCGCAUCUCAUGUUCUGGUCGACAGUCGCCAUGCCUCGUCCAGCGAGAGAGCCGACAACUUCGUCUCGCUAGCCGUACAGGGAGACGGCAUACAUGUACUCGAUCUCUCGACACUGCACCCCGCAGUCUCACAUACUUUGGGUCCGAACACUACAUUCUCAUGUCCACCCACAAGUCGAACAAGCAGAAAAAGCGGCACCAAGAUAUGCACAACGUAUGCAGCCGUAGCAUCAUCACCCGAUGUCUUGGAGGAGGACAGGGAGCGCACUGUGUGGUGGUGGGAGGAGUCCUUGUCGGGUGGGGUUAUGUCUGCGGAUGCGCAGAAGAAAAGAAAAUCGAGAACACUUCCGCAUAGAGUCACGCAUAUAUACGCUCCCGAAGACCUUCCAGACCACCUCAUUAUCACUGGCCUUGGUGGCCGACUCACGGUCACAGAUCCGGAGCUGAACCAAAUAUCGUCCUCUUCCUCUCAAGAAGUCGACACUGUUCUUCUCCGACACUUUGUAUUUCCCCGCCAGGCUUGCACAUUUCUACCGGCUGAGACAUUUCCAUCGAACGGUGUCAUCUCUAUAUCGGCCUUGCGUCGGAAUACAGAUGUCCUGUUAUCGGUCUCACUGGUCGAUACGGAGGGCAAAAUCCAUUCGUUUGGUGAUUGUACAGUGGCCGCGGACGACACGGACAUUGUCGACGUCUCGUUCAGUACAUCUGGUUGCUUGAGUGUCUUGACUCGCUCUGGAAAGUGGACCGCUUACCGCGUCUCCGUCUCGCCGUCAUCCACACUCAGCACCUUGCCCCUCAGUCCUCCCGUCUACCUCUUUUCCCUCUCCUUCCUCUCCUCCGUCUCCCACGCCUCCGCACACACCUCCGAGAUCUCCCUCCUCGCGCUCACCUCCUCGCACGUCCUCCUCGCCUGCAUAACGCUCGCCAACCCCGAGAUAACCCUCCUCCUCUGGGACGUACAGUACGGCGUGAUCCUCGCCGAGCAGCAGUUCGCCUGUCCGCUGAACCUCUACCGCGGCAAGGGGCGCGGCGUGCGCAUGGACCUCGUCGCGUCAGGCAGCGCCGCGGAGCCGAGCCAGGCGCUGCUCGUGCUGCACCCCGCCGACGCGAAGUCGCAGGAGAGCCUGUUCCCGCGCGCGACGAGCGUGCUGGUCGUGCCCCUCAGCGUGCCCAGGACGUCGACGAUCGCGAACGCGCUCGGCCGCGCGGCCGCGAGCCAGGCCUACUUGCGCCCCGAGGCGGACAGCCCGCAGAGGGUGAAGGGCACGCAGCUGACGCUAGAGCUGGGCGGGCUCGAGCCGGAGCAGGGCAGGACGCUGAAGGCGCUGCUCGAGGUGCAGGAGAAGGGGCGCACUGCGGAGGUGGAGAAGCGGUGGGCGGCCUAUGUUGAGGCGGGCGGGCCUGAGGGGAAGCCGCGCCUCGGACAUUUGUUCGUGAAGCAGCUGUUGGAUGUGCUGUUCCUAGUACCGUCCCCGGGGAGGGACGUUGCGACUACGAAUGCGACCGAGGCGUAUGCGCGUGGUGUCUUGACGUACUUGUUGGAGAGGAGGGCUGUGAGCGACGCGAUGAUUGAGGGCGGGCUGCUCCCUGCGCUCAUGGUGCGCAACGACUGGUCUAACGCCGUCCUCGCGCUGUCCACCGUGAUCGACCUCCCAGAGUCCGACAUCAUCAGCCUCCUCGCCAAGGUCGUCGCGCACCACCGUCAAAGCAACACCAACCCCGACGCGAUGCAAGUCGACUCCCCCUCCCCCUCCUUCUCCACACCGCCCACGCUCCCCGCGUUCCUCGCACUAUGUGUGACCUCCCCCGCCUCCCCCGGCCCGCUCCGCGUCGCGCUGCGGAAACACCUGCCCGACGCAGAGGACGUCGCGUGCCUGCUCGAGGUGCUGGAUGAGUGGGUAGGCAAGUGGGGCGAGGAAGAGCUGAGGCUCGUGCCAGACAGGGUGAAGAAGGACACACACGGCAUGUACGUGCCGAUCUUCGAGGACGAGAGGAAGCCAGACAUGCCCCCUCUCGACAAGAUCCUCCUCUUCACCCAAGCGGUCCUCGAUUCCUCCUUCGUCGCGCUCCUCGCACAUCCCCCCGCGCACGCCCUGCUGCGCACGCUCCUCGCGCGGCUCGAGCCCGAGCUCGCGCUCAUCGCGGAGCUCCAGUCGCUCAAGGGCCCGCUCAGCGCGUUCGCGAGCGCGCAGUCCCGCUCCGCGUUCCUCCACGGGCCCGGGCGGGCGAAGGGCGAGUCGCAGGACUGGCGCCAGCGGAAGAAGGCGCAGACUGAGCAGCGCGAGAUGAACAUCGGGAUGUACCAGAUGGAGGAGCUCGUGAUUUGAGGGCUGCGUGGGUGUUGUCAAAAGUACUUGGGUCUACACGCGCUGUGACUUAUUCUUUGUAUCGUGUUAUUGUGUUCAUGGCAUACGCUUGUUGUUGACUGUAUCAG